CAGAAAUAGGGACUGGAAGUGUACCAGCUUCAGCGAAGAAUAUUGACUGUGUUUAUAUUGUCUCAAAUUGUAUUUAAUACUGCAGUAACUGAGUAUCUCGCGAAGAAUACAGUCAUGUAGCUAUAGCUAAUAGAUAAUACAAACCUGGGGAAAGUAUUGGGAUGAAACGUCAUGUGCAGAAUCCUGUCGCGCGUCCGCGACCUGCGAUAAAUCUUCAUGCUUUGAUUUGUGCUUGAACCUUUCGGCGAAUUUACCACUUAAACAGGUUGCUAUGAUUAAACGUGUUAACAAUGACUGAUGUUGAGUCAACAUACGAAGACUUCAUUGCAUCUGACCGAAGUGGGCGGAGGAAUGCACUACAUGAUAUACUUGGGGUCCCAGGAGAUUUGAAACCCAGUGAUUUAGCCCAUAGAUUGUCUGAACUUAAUAUGAAAAAAACAGGGGAGGCCGAUGAUGCUGAAAAAGGCCAGGGACCUUCCAAAGACCCCUCUGCAGAAUCACCGGAGAGAAAAGAGAGGGGCACAUAAUAGCCUGACACCUGGUGGCCAGAAGACUACUAUGCACCAUUGUUGGACUUAACGUUCCCAGUUUAGGGAACAGAAACAUGCAGAGUAAGACAAGCUCAGCUGUGUGAGUUCCAAAGCUCACUGCAACUGACAGUGCCUCCAUUUUCAAUGUUUGCGUGAUAUCGCUUGUCAACUCUAUAAUUAAAGUGACAUGUUACAGGAUGUCAUUAUAGGUUUUGAUAUAGGAGACAUCGAUGUAGACCUUCUGGAAUAAUCGUUCCUGUUGCUACAAUGGGUAUCCAGGGUUUUAUAAAUGAACAGGGUUUCUGCUGAUAGAGCAGACUAUGAAGAACUAUGAAUUACUGUUCUGGAUAGGACAGGCCAAUAGGGGUUGUUUUUUAAUUGGAAUAGGGCCAUCAAUUGAAAACAUCCUCAGUCUCUCCCAGCUUCUAGGGUGUCUUUCUCUGUUUCUAGUGGCAUUUUGUGUAAUUUUAUUUGUGUAGUAUUCCUGUUGAGGUUGGGUGGAUGAAGGGAUUGAAUGUCUGAAGUAUGUAUGCAUUACUAGGAACUUUUCCUUCAGAAAAACGUCCUGUGAAAACCGCUGUAAAUUUGAACAGGAACUGCUUCUGAUUUUACCUGUGUACACUAUAAUGCAGUAUGGAGUUUGUACCACAAAUUGAAAAACCUGUUGUAUUUUAUAUAGCCUUUGCAUUACUGUCAUGGUAAUUUGGCCCUUCAUUUGUUCAGUGUAUUUCAGCCACUUUUUUUGUUCUAACAGGAAUAAAAAUACACUAUGUAGUUUAAAUAUG